AUGGCUAGCCAGAACCCCAGUGACACUCCCGCCCAGGGCGAUGCGCCCCAAACCCUGCCCGACCGCACUCAAACCCCCGCUGAUAACCAGCAGGGCGAGUCCAAGAACGCCGCCAAGAAGGCCGCGAAGGCCGCAAAGCUAGCCGCGGACAAGGCGAACAAGGCGAACAAGGGAGAGAAGGCCGCCAAGCAGGGAACCGCCAAGCAGGAGCCCAAGAAAGCCCCCAAGAUUUCUGGCGCCGCCCUCAUCGGUAUUGAUGUCUCAAAGAAUGAGUCCUUCCCGGAAUGGUACCAACAGGUCCUCACCAAGGGAGAAAUGCUUGAUUAUUACGAUGUGUCGGGCUGUUUCAUUCUGAAGCCCGCUUCCUACUUCAUUUGGGAAGAGAUCCAGAACUGGUUCAACAAGAAGAUCAAGAGCAUUGGCGUCAAGAACUGCUCUUUCCCUUUGUUCGUGUCGGAGGAUGUCUUGCAGCGUGAGAAAGAUCACAUUGAGGGUUUCGCUGCUGAGGUCGCCUGGGUUACUCAUGCUGGUUCGACCCCUCUUGAGAAGAAGAUCGCCAUUCGUCCCACCUCCGAAACUGUUAUGUACCCAUAUUACGCCAAGUGGAUUCGCAGUCACCGGGACCUGCCUUUACGUCUGAACCAGUGGAACUCCGUCGUGCGAUGGGAAUUCAAGCAUCCCCAGCCCUUCCUGCGCACUCGCGAGUUCUUGUGGCAGGAGGGUCACACUGCGCACGCGACCGAGGGCGCCGCUCGUGAGGAAGUGCUGACCAUCCUCGACUGGUAUGAGCAGAUCUACUCAGAGCUUCUCGCAGUUCCAGUUAUCAAGGGCCAGAAGACGGACAAAGAACGUUUCGCGGGAGGCCUAUACACGACGACUGUCGAGGGCUACAUCCCUGCUACUGGCCGUGGUAUCCAGGGUGGUACUUCUCACGGCCUGGGCCAAAGUAUGUGCUAA